AUGGAGACUGACGAGGACGAGGACGACUUGUCAAGGGAACAGCUACUCAGUCAUUUGGGAUCAAAGGAGGCAAAACCCAAGAGAAAGGCGACAGUUGGGAUUAAGGCUGAGGAGUCCUUGAUGUGGGCCGACCCGGUGGAAAGGGAUCAGGAAGAUUCGAUGAGAAUGGGGCUGACCCGCCAAGAGAACUGGGAAACGAUGGACUCGGAAGAAUGGUGGGAAACGGAGACCAAGUCUCCGAGCUUGGACAGAUGGAGAGCAGAGGUGCUGGCCGACAACCAGCCGGGGGGGUCAGGGGGAGGGACGCUGUGGGCCUCCGAGGGAGGAGCGCCAUCGAUCCUACAGGCCUGGAGGCGGGGAGAGAGGCGGGAAGACAGGGUCGAAGAGGCCGGGAAAGGAAAGCCGAGGGAGAGCCAGAGCAGAAGGGACCUGGAGGAGAGAAGGUCGCACAACAAGUACAGGGAGGGAUCCCAGCAUGGCUCUCAGGAGAGCGGAGUAAAGGAGUGGCUCAAGGGUGAAGAGGAACAGAAGUCUAGCAUCAAGGGGAAGUACCACCCCUGGCUGAAGAAGCCCAGUAGCAAGAGAAAGACGAGGCCACAGAACACAGAGAAGGUCACGGUCCUGAGCAAAGACAGGACGCCACACUCGGAGAUCCUGGCAUCGUAUCUUCAGAACAAGCGGCCCACGAUCCGAUUCAGCAUAUCCUCCCCACCUUAUCGCGUCCACUCUGUGCGGUCAGUCGUUCACUGUCCCUCGGGCUUCAGUGUCUUUAACGAGCUGGCGAAGAUGGGCGACCCAGAUGUCCUGGAAAUGGUGGAGGCUGACGGUGCUGCGGUGGACGUUGGCGUCCCAGCGACCCCGAUCCCGGGGACGUUCGCGGCGGGGCGUGGCCUGAGCGAGGCGGGGUACAGCAGACGGAAGUCCCUGAGUCUGGGCAGCAAAGAAACCAGCUUUCUCAUCGGAGGACAGCCAGGGACUGCUAAGCGAUACAAUUUGUUCCUGAGGCGGCGUCUCAUGUUUAAAAAAAGUGUUCAAAGCAAGGAUUCUGUCUUCUUCCGAGAUGGGAUUAGGCAAAUAGAUUUUGUGCUUUCCUAUGUAGAUGACAUCAAGAAAGAAGGAGACAUAAAGGUGGAUAGAAGAAGAGAAUUUGAAAAAAAUCUCCAAAAAACAGGUCUUGAGUUGGAAACUGAAGACAAAAGGGACUCUGAAGAUGGAAAAACUUACUUCGUCAAGAUCCAUGCCCCUUGGGAGGUAUUAAUUACGUAUGCUGAAGUGCUGGGAAUGAAAAUGCCUAUUAAGGAAAAUGAUAUUCCCCCACCUGAUCGAAACCCUUUUAGCUGUGUGCUUGGACCUCUGAAGCUUCAGAAGUCCGUGAAGCAACCUUAUCCGGAAUAUUUCACUGCACAAUUCUCCAGAUAUCGGCAGGAACUUUUCCUCAUUGAAGAUGAAUCUACCUUCUUUCCAUCCUCAGCAAGAAACAGAAUUGUUUACUAUAUUCUCUCACGGUGUCCUUUUGGUACAGAAGAGGGGAAGAAAAGAUUUGGGAUUGAAAGACUACUAAAUUCUAACACAUAUUCAUCUGCCUACCCACUCCACGAUGGACAAUAUUGGAAGCCAUCAGAACCUCCCAGUCUUGUCAAUGAAAGAUAUGUACUUCAUAAGAACUGGGCACGGUUUGCCUAUUUCUACAAAGAACAACCUUUAAAUUUGAUUAGGAAAUAUUAUGGAGAAAAAAUUGGCAUCUAUUUUGUCUUUCUUGGAUUUUAUACAGAAAUGCUGUCCUAUGCAGCUGUAGUUGGCUUAGCUUGUUUUAUUUACGGCUUAUUUUCAAUGGAAGAUAACUCAAGCAGCAAGGAAAUCUGUGACCCUGAAAUUGGAGGUCAGAUCCUCAUGUGCCCGCUCUGUGACCAAUUGUGCGACUACUGGAGAUUAAAUACUACGUGUUUGGCCUCAAAGUUCUCCCAUUUAUUUGAUAACGAGUCAACAGUAUUCUUUGCAAUAUUCAUGGGAAUUUGGGUCACACUGUUUUUGGAGUUCUGGAAACAGCGCCAAGUCAAACUGGAAUAUGAGUGGGACAUGGUAGACUUUGAAGAGGAACAGCAGCAGCUUCAGCUGAGACCUGAAUUUGAAGCUAUGUGUAAACAAAGGAAACUGAAUGAAGUGACUAAGGAGAUGGAACCCUAUAUGCCUCUAUAUAGCCGUGUUCCAUGGUAUGCACUCUCAGGAGCAACAGUGGUAUUGUGGAUGGCUCUUGUCGUCGCCUGUAUGAUAGCUGUGAUUGUGUACCGCCUGUCAGUCUAUGCUACAUUUUCUACCUUUAUGGAAUCUGAAGCAACCUUAAAGCCCGUCAGCAGUAUACUUACUCCCCAACUGACUACAUCACUCACAGGAUCAUGCUUGAACUUUAUUGUCAUCUUAAUCUUGAAUUUCUUUUAUGAAAAGAUAUCUGCCUGGAUCACAAAAAUGGAAAUCCCUCGGACUCACCAGGAGUAUGAAAGCAGUCUUACCUUGAAAAUGUUCUUAUUUCAGUUUGUAAAUUAUUACUCGUCCAUCUUCUACGUGGCUUUCUUUAAAGGGAAGUUUGUGGGCUAUCCAGGAAAAUACACAUAUAUGUUUAACACUUGGAGAAGUGAAGAGUGUGAUCCUGCAGGCUGUCUAAUAGAAUUAACAACACAGCUGACCAUCAUAAUGAUUGGGAAACAGAUAUUUGGAAACAUUAAAGAAGCCAUUUAUCCCUUUCUUCUAAAUUGGUGGAGACGCCGAAAAUCUCGGACCAACUCUGAGAAAUUAUAUAGUCGAUGGGAGCAGGAUCAUGACUUGGAAAGUUUUGGGAACCUUGGUCUCUUCUACGAGUAUUUAGAAACAGUUAUCCAAUUUGGAUUUGUUACAUUAUUUGUGGCCUCUUUUCCUCUGGCCCCUCUGUUUGCUCUUUUGAAUAAUAUUAUAGAGAUCCGAGUUGAUGCCUGGAAACUUACUACUCAGUACAGGAGACCUGUAGCUGCUAAAGCUCACAGCAUAGGAGUCUGGCAAGACAUUCUAUAUGGCAUGGCUGUCCUUUCUGUUGCAACUAAUGCCUUUAUUGUUGCAUUUACAUCGGACAUCAUUCCCCGUUUAGUUUACUUUUAUGCCUACUCAACAAAUGCCACGGAACCUUUGAGAGGAUACAUCAAUAACAGCCUGUCAGUGUUCCUAAUUGCUGAUUUUACAAACCGCACUGCACCCACGGAGAAACGAGACAUCCUCACUUGCAGGUACAGAGAUUACAGAUAUCCUCCUGAGCAUAUGUUGAAAUAUUCUCCUAAUAUGCAAUUCUGGCAUGUACUUGCUGCUAAAAUGACCUUCAUCAUAGUUAUGGAGCACAUUGUGUUUUUAGUUAAAUUUUUGUUGGCCUGGAUGAUCCCUGAUGUUCCAAAAGAAGUUGUGGAUAGAAUCAAGCGAGAAAAGUUAAUGACAGUCAAGAUUCUCCAUGACUUUGAGCUCAACAAAUUAAAAGAGAAUCUGAGACUUAAUUCUGAUCUUUUCGCCAAGGAAGUAAUGAUCCAGGAAAACAAGGCACAGCUGGCUAAAUCAACAAUGUAA